CCCACUGGACAGCGAAAGGGACCGACCGUGGAGCAACGGCUCUUGAAGCCAUAGGCUGUUGGAUUUUGAUCACGCCCAGAACACUUGACUUUUUCUCUGCAAGGAUAUAUAAUAGUGGUUUUCCCUGCCCAUCUAAGAAGAAAAGGCAAUGGAGACUGAACAACAGGAAGAGACAUUCACUAACACAGAGACAAAUGGCAAACGUCCAGCAGAAGAUAUGGAGGAAGAACAGGCCUUCAAGAGAUCUCGGAACACAGAUGAGAUGGUUGAAUUACGCAUCCUUCUUCAGAGCAAAAAUGCUGGAGCAGUGAUUGGAAAAGGUGGCAAAAAUAUUAAGGCACUUCGUACAGACUACAAUGCCAGUGUUUCAGUCCCAGACAGCAGUGGCCCCGAGCGCAUCUUGAGCAUAAGCGCAGAUAUAGAGACAAUUGGAGAAAUCCUGAAGAAGAUUAUCCCUACUUUAGAAGAGUAUCAACACUACAAAGGCAGUGACUUUGACUGCGAAUUAAGACUUCUCAUUCACCAAAGUUUGGCAGGAGGAAUUAUAGGUGUCAAGGGUGCUAAAAUUAAAGAACUCAGAGAGAACACUCAGACAACCAUUAAGCUCUUCCAAGAGUGUUGUCCUCAUUCCACUGACAGAGUAGUUCUUAUUGGCGGAAAACCUGAUAGAGUUGUUGAAUGUAUUAAGAUUAUCUUGGAUCUUAUCUCUGAGUCUCCAAUAAAAGGACGGGCCCAGCCUUACGAUCCCAAUUUCUAUGAUGAAACAUACGACUACGGUGGCUUCACAAUGUUCGAUGAUCGAAGGGGACGUCCAGUAGGCUUUCCAAUGCGUGGAAGAGGAGGUUUUGAUCGAAUGCCUCCUGGUCGUGGUGGACGACCUAUGCCUCCAUCAAGAAGAGAUUAUGAUGAUAUGAGCCCUCGCAGAGGACCUCCACCACCUCCACCAGGUCGUGGUGGUAGAGGUGGCAGCAGAGCUCGUAAUCUUCCCCUUCCUCCUCCACCACCUCCUCGUGGCGGAGAUCUCAUGGCCUAUGACCGAAGGGGCAGACCAGGAGACCGUUACGAUGGCAUGAUGAUGCAGUGUCAUGUGGAUGCCUGUGAUGAUAUGCAACCACCAGAGUUGUUUGAGGGUGGCUCUGGAUAUGACUAUCCUUAUGCAGGGGGACGUGGUACAUACGGAGAUCUUGGGGGACCUAUUAUCACAACACAAGUAACAAUUCCCAAAGAUUUGGCAGGAUCUAUUAUUGGAAAGGGAGGACAAAGAAUCAAACAAAUACGUCAUGAAUCAGGAGCUUCGAUCAAAAUUGAUGAACCAUUAGAAGGCUCAGAAGAUCGGAUAAUAACUAUUACGGGAACACAGGACCAGAUACAAAAUGCACAGUAUUUACUGCAGAACAGUGUGAAGCAGUAUGCAGAUGUUGAAGGAUUCUAAUGCAAGAUUAUUUUUUCUUUUUUAUAGUGUGAAGCAGUAUUCUGGAAAGUUUUUCUAAGACUAGUGAAGAACUGAAGGAGUCCUGCACCUUUUUUUUUUUAAUCUGCUUCUGUUUAAAAAGCCAACAUUCCUCUGCUUCAUAGGUGUUCUGCAUUUGAGGUGUAGUGGAAUAUUUGCUGUCCACCAGAUGUCAUGUUUUAGUUCCUUACAAAUACCUGGCGGGGGGAGGGAAAGGGGGCACGAGACUAACAUGGGAAUUUUGAAGCAGCAGCAGAGAGAGUGGAUUUAAUUUUUGUUCACUGUCGGUGGUAAACCGUAAUGUUUUUCUGUAAUUGUUGUGAAUGCCCUGCUUUAUGUACACUCUCUUUU